GAUAUCUAUACAACUAGCAUAACAAUCGUCGUGAAUAUCAACGCAUUGCAAAGGUACACACUAUCAAACAUUUUACGGAUGGAAAGUUUCCCGACAUGAAUUCAGAGGAGCCGGAGAGGAAAAAGAGAAAAAUGGAGCCUCAUAUAGGCGGGGAUAGUUGCCAGAUUCAGGAACAGUCACCUUCGAAAUCUUUUCAUAAUCUACCAUCUAGCUCGGCAAGUGGAGAUUUUAACGAUGUCGUGACAGGGCACCAUUUUGUAUCGGUUGCAACAUCCAGUAGUGGCAAACCCGAAGACAAGGACAAUCUAGUUUUCUUUAGACAAAAGUGUGAUCUUGGCGAUGAAUGGGAAUACAAAUAUCCAAUUCCUCUCAGUAAAUAUCCGAAUAGACAGAUUAAAACUGGAAAUAUUCAUUAUGAUGCCAUGAUACCGGACCUAGAACUUUUGGGAUACCGACCGUUACAAGUGAUUGCAAAAGGCAGGUCCGGAACGAUAAUUUUGGCACAAGAUCUGCACAAAAAACAAAACUUUGAGGAGAGCGAAUUUUGUCCUGUUGCUUUGAAACUAAACACAGCAAAGUCCCGAAGCCGAUCCCGGUACUCUUGGAAAACUGAUAUGACAUUUGAAUUGAACCAUCUUAAACAAUUGCACCAUCCACAUGUUUUGACUUGGUUAAACAGUAUUUGCUACGAAGGUCGGUAUGGUGUUGUUUUAGAAUUUUGUGAAAAUGGUACUCUAGAACAACUUCUAAAAGUUCAUGAUGCAAGAUUUUUGACCGAAUCCGUUACACACAAGUACUUCAAUCAGAUAUUUUCAGGAAUCGAAUAUUUGCAUCUCCAAGGAAUCGCACACAGAGAUUUGUGCACAGAAAAUAUUUUAGUAACUUCCCGUAAUUCUUUGAAGAUAUCAGACUUUGGCCAUGCUAUAGUUUAUUUUUCUGGAGAUCCACUGAGGACUGACAAUUGUGGAACUACUGGAUUUCAAGCUCCAGAAAUACUAAUGGAUCAUCCUUACGAUCCCAAAGUGUCAGAUGUAUGGUCAUUAGGGUGCAUUCUAUAUUUAAUGUGCACAGGCAGGUAUCCAUUAGGUUUAAUCAAAUCCGAGUUUUUGAACCGUGCGUCCAAAGAAAUAGAGUUCCCAGAAACGCGUGUAUUGUCUCUUACGUUUGAGUUAAAGCAACUCGUACGAGGAUUACUGACAUUUUGUUCGCAUUCCAGAUUUUCAUUAAAUAGAACAAAAUAUAGCGAAUGGAUGUUAGAAAAGCACACAAAGGUUCAAAUAGGAAACUUUUACAUGAUUCGUCAACCUAAAAAGAUAAGAGAAGGCCAAAGGGAGCAAGAAAUUAAAACUCAGUAUGGAAUAUAAGAUGUAAAUCAGGCAAAAACUAACGGACAGGUUCUGUGUUUCGGUAUGGCAUUUCGGAGUUCAUUUAAUUUAGGCAAUGGCUACGAUUACCCGCAAAAAGUGACAAUAGUCAGUAUGAAAUAAUUUUCAUUGCUUCUCUCGAGACUAGUUAGUAUAAUUUUUUAGUGCUACCUGCAAAAUUUUACGUUUGCAUUUUAUGUUGUUUUUUGUAACAUUGGGAUACAUUAUUCUUCGCUUUUCUUGUCCAGCAUACGUUGUUUUACAUAUUUGUACAAAUUUAUAUUGAUAGAAAAUAGAUUUUUUUAAACAUUUUCCCAGACUCAUCGGAAAAACAAAUUUUGGUCAGAUGUUUUCGUCGAGGCUCUGACCAAUUGUUAGAAUAUAUUUUGUGUGUAAAAAUAGAAUCUAUAUUAUCAAUUAUUACUCGCAAUUUCCGUUUGACAUCGGGUCCUGGCAAGAAAUUAGUCUCGGAGUUACUUUUUGUGAGUAAUCGUAGCCAGUACUUUUAAUAUAUGGUAUUUAGUUUCGACCUGCACUCGACGUUCUAAUGCUAUGUGGUCCAAGUUCCGAGUCGGUUUCGUUUCAAUUAUGGAUCAAGGUUGCUCAAGUACUUUACUGAAUUCCGACUGCAAACACAGACCCUGUCCAUUAUCAUGCAUGUAGCUGUGAUAAAAAUGAGACAAAUAAAUAUUUAUAAAUCUU